GGGCGAGAGGCGCCGCGGCGGGAGCUCGAGCAGAGAGGGCGCAGCGCUGCUCAGGGGUGGCUGCGCGAGGGGAGCGGCCGCCCGGGCCCGGGCCGUGCGAGACGGCGGAGGCGGCCCAGGGCCUGGCCGCCACCAUGACUGAGGAGUCUGAGGAGACAGUCCUGUACAUUGAGCACCGCUAUGUCUGCUCUGAGUGCAACCAGCUCUACGGCUCCCUGGAGGAGGUGCUCGUGCACCAGAACUCGCACGUGCCCCAGCAGCACUUUGAACUUGUGGGUGUAGCUGAGCCUGGAGUCGCCGUGGCCACAGAGACAGCUUCUGGAACCGGCCUCUAUCAGACGCUAGUGCAAGAGAGCCAGUACCAGUGCUUGGAAUGCGGGCAACUAUUGAUGUCACCCAGCCAGCUCCUGGAACACCAGGAGCUGCACCUGAAGAUGAUGGCACCCCAGGAGGCUGUGGCAGCUGAGUCUCCGCCCAAGGCCCCGACCCUGAGCUCCAGCACCAUCCACUAUGAGUGUGUGGACUGCAAAGCUCUCUUCGCCAGCCAGGAACUCUGGCUGAGUCAUCGCCAGACACACCUCCGGGCUACUCCCACCAAGUCUUAUACCCCUGUGGUGUUGGGGUCCCCUGUUGUGCUGGGGGCCCCUGUGGGUCAGACUCGAGUGGCUGUGGAGCACUCAUACCGCAAGGCAGAAGAAGGUGGAGAAGGGGCAGCUGUCCCUUCUGCCGCUGCCGCCACUACUGAAGUGGUCACAGAAGUAGAGCUGCUCCUCUACAAAUGCUCUGAGUGCUCCCAGCUCUUCCAGCUGCCUGCCGACUUCCUGGAGCACCAGGCAACCCACUUCCCUGCCCCAGAGUGUGAGGAGCCAGCCUUGCAGCAAGAGACCCUGACAUCGCCACCAGCAGAGGUGCCUGUGUCACAGCCUGAGCCUGUGCCUGCCUCGGAUCACAGUUAUGAGCUUCGCAAUGGUGAAGCCAUUGGCCGUGAUCGCCGGGGCCGCAAGGCCCGAAGGCACAACAGUGGAGAGGCCGGCGGGGCAGCCACCCAGGAGCUCUUCUGUUCUGCCUGCGACCAGCUCUUUCUUUCGCCACACCAGCUGCAGCAGCACCUGCGGAGUCAUCGAGAGGGUGUCUUUAAGUGUCCCCUGUGCAGUCGUGUCUUCCCCAGUCCUUCCAGUCUGGACCAGCACCUUGGAGACCACAGUAGCGAGUCUCACUUCCUCUGUGUGGACUGUGGCCUGGCCUUUGGCACAGAGGCCCUCCUCCUAGCCCACCGGCGAGCUCACACUCCAAAUCCCCUGCACUCGUGUCCCUGUGGAAAGACUUUUGUCAACCUCACCAAGUUCCUUUAUCACCGACGCACCCACGGGGCUGGGGGAGUCCCUCUGCCCACAGUUCCAGUCCCGCCCGAGGAGCCUGUCAUUGGUUUCCCUGAGCCAGCCCCAGCUGAAACUGGAGAGCCAGAGGCUCCGGAACCCCCUGCGUCUGAGGAGAGCUCAGCAGGCUCAACAGUCCCUGCCACCUAUCGUUGCCUCCUUUGCAGUCGUGAAUUUGGCAAAGCGCUGCAGUUGACCCGGCACCAGCGUUUUGUGCACCGCCUGGAACGGCGCCAUAAGUGCAGCAUUUGUGGCAAGAUGUUCAAGAAGAAGUCGCAUGUGCGGAACCAUCUGCGCACGCACACGGGCGAGCGGCCUUUCCCCUGCCCUGAUUGCUCCAAGCCCUUCAACUCUCCUGCCAACCUGGCCCGCCAUAGGCUCACGCAUACCGGGGAGCGGCCCUACCGCUGUGGGGACUGUGGCAAGGCUUUCACACAAAGUUCCACGCUAAGGCAGCACCGCCUGGUGCACGCACAGCACUUCCCCUACCGCUGCCAGGAGUGCGGCGUGCGAUUCCACCGCCCCUACCGCCUGCUCAUGCACCGCUACCACCACACUGGGGAGUACCCCUACAAGUGUCGCGAAUGCCCUCGCUCCUUUCUGCUGCGGCGGCUGCUGGAGGUGCACCAGCUUGUGGCCCACGCGGGGCGCCAGCCUCACCGCUGCACAUCCUGUGGGGCAGCCUUCCCAUCCUCCUUGCGGCUUCGGGAGCACCGAUGUGCAGCUGCCGCCGCCCAGGCCCCACGGCGCUUUGAGUGCGGCACCUGCGGCAAGAAAGUGGGCUCAGCUGCCCGGCUGCAGGCACACGAGGCGGCCCAUGCAGCUGCCGGGCCUGGAGAGGUCUUGGCUAAGGAGCCCCCAGCCCCUCGGGCUCCCCGGGCUCCUCGUUCACCUGUUGCCUCGCCGCCGGCUCUCGGAGCCCCAGCCCCUGCUGCCCCUGCCGCCCCUGCUCGACGUCGAGGCCUGGAAUGUAGCGAGUGCAAGAAGCUGUUCAGCACAGAGACAUCACUGCAGGUCCACCGGCGCAUCCACACCGGGGAGCGGCCGUAUCCAUGCCCAGACUGUGGCAAGGCCUUCCGCCAGAGUACGCACCUGAAGGACCACCGGCGCCUACAUACCGGGGAGCGGCCCUUCGCCUGUGAAGUGUGUGGUAAAGCCUUUGCUAUCUCUAUGCGCCUUGCCGAACAUCGCCGUAUUCACACAGGUGAACGGCCCUACUCCUGCCCAGACUGCGGCAAGAGCUACCGCUCCUUCUCGAACCUUUGGAAGCAUCGCAAGACCCACCAGCAGCAACAUCAGGCAGCUGUGCGGCAGCAGCUGGCUGAGGCCGAGGCCGCUGUAGGUCUGGCGGUGAUGGAGACUGCAGUGGAGGCGCUACCCCUGGUGGAGGCCAUUGAGAUCUAUCCCCUGGCUGAAGCUGAAGGGGUCCAGAUCAGUGGCUGACUGCCCUGUUGUUACCCUAAGAACUCCCAAAUCCUGUUGCUAAAGGACCUCUUCUGAAUCCCUCAACUCUAAAUAUAUCCCCCUCCUGUCACCCCUCUAACUGCCAUAAGUUCUAUAGCUGAAUUUACUGUCUUCCAGGGAGAAGGCACUCCAAGAUUCUUCUCCCUCAUCUUCCACCUAUUUGCUCUGGUGGCCCCAAGAUGAUUGUCAAUAAAGACUGAGUUGGACAUUGA